CCUCGUUUGUGGAUAAGCAACACUUGACCGCCGUCGAUUCUUCUCGAUAUAUCCCUCGCCAACAUGACGAGGAGCAGAGGCAGUCUGGAGCUUUUUGUUUCCUUCGAUCGAAACAGCUCCGACCGGAGGUUUCAGGCUAUCGAUUCGUACAAAAGCGUCGCCUUUUUCCCUCCCAGCUCCAAUCCCCGGCCACCAGAAUGGCAGUCUUGGCUCCAAACUGUUGUGUUUUCGGUAGCCGUGGUCUUGACGGACGGUGUGCUUCGGCGGCAGCUAAUGCCGGAGCCGUGGUCUUGGCUCUGGGUAGCAGGGCGUGGAAGAAGAGGUCGAGGGUUGGGGUAAAGUUGGGGGCUUCCAGGCAGGAAAUGUCGUCGAGACCGAUGUCGGUGCCGAUGGAAGCCAUUACGGUAGUGGAAGAGCUGGAUCAGAUCCUCGAGCAAGCCCAUGAGCUCUCUCAGGUCAUUAUCGUCGACUGGAUGGCGACUUGGUGCAGGAAAUGCAUCUACUUGAAGCCCAAGCUUGAGAAGCUUGCUGCAGAAUACGACCCAAGAGUCAGAUUUUAUUUGGUGGAUGUCAACAAAGUCUCUCAGGAAUUGGUGAAGCGAGGAAACAUCACGAAAAUGCCAACCAUUCAGCUGUGGAAGGACAAGGAAUGGAAGGAUGAGGUGGUUGGAGGCCACAAAGCAUGGCAAAUCAUCGAUGAAGUCCGAGAAAUGAUCCAAAAACAUAUUUGAUGCACCAUCUCUUCAUUGCAAAGCAUGUAUAAUCUGUAGAUGUGGACACAUAUAUAUAUGUUGGUCAUGUCCAGUUUCA